AUGUGUUUGGGGUCGAUCCAUCAUGCGCUCCCUCCACGUCGUUUCUCUCUCAAGGUGCUCAUCACUGACGCGGACGCUGCGAUGACAAACGCCGCGCGAACGCUUCUGCCGAGAACCGUGCACCUGCAUUGUUUGUGGCACGUGAUGAAAAACGUCAGGAAGCAUUACAAGGGUGCUUUGAAAGACAAAGCUACCCGCUUCUUCAGGCUCAUCUAUGCCGCAGCUUUCGCUCCAUCAGAGGAUGCGCAGGCUCAAGCCCACUAUCCUCGGCAGAAAGCACAUUGA